UGCCCAUUUUUGUCUUACUUUAUAUUUCAGGUAAAAAUGGAGGACGGCCAAUGCGAUGUCAUGUCAAUUUGUGGGGGUGAAAGUUUCAGCCUGCAUUUAUGUAGGGGGCAAAAUUCUCACAUUUUUAUAACGUAAUUACCGCAGAUUCUCUGGAUUGGUCAAAUGAUUGCUGGCUCGCUCGCUUCCACUUUAUUAUGACUGGACUUGAUUCAGUAUUGGAGAACAACUGAGAAGAAGCCACUGCAAAUACUGCGGGCCUUGCAGGCGCGGUUCGAACCUCCGACCUUUGUGCCCUAAAAAUAGCACAGCUAAGAAUGUUAUGAUUCUCAAUCAGUGGCAUUGUUUCGGGACAUGCGCAAUGGAAUAAUUUGGAUGCUGCUGCAUCAAUAAGGGCGUCCAGAGUGUUGUGUGGAAUACAAUUUAGAUUCUUCCGGGUCUGGACGUCCCGAGUAUGAAUCACACUUGGUAGUCUUGCAGGCUUGGUCCUCUGGUGCGCAGAAACUGACAAGCAGGAGAUUUAGAUCGAAAGGAUAUCUUAAUCCCUUUACCGUUGAUCAGAAUUCUAAUCCGUUUGUUCCGAACUGUUUGAUGCGUUGGAAGGCUUCAAGAUAAGGUGGAUAUGGCGCGGGCACAUCAGGCUCUUUGUCGAGUGAGAAGCGCAGAGAGCAGCAGCCGCAGUUACGAGGAGGAAGCAGCUUGCUCUGCUUUUGAUAGGAAAAGUGACGACAGGUCGCGGGCUCAAGCCUCCGCCAGGUUCAUUUCACUGCCCCAUUGCCUUAGAUUGUGGAUGAAGCAGCUCAAUUUGAUAGAUCUAGUGCCGCCAAAGUCAUCAGAGAGUAGCGGGGCGAAGGAUCUGGGGGACAUGGGGGGUUCUCGAAAGGGGCCGGCACUGUCACUGCUCAAGUGCAUUGUACUCUGCUCUGUCAGUCUCUUGUUACUCGUUGCUGCUCUUGGUUCCACCUCCUGGACGUUGCCACCGUCCUAUUCUUCUUCUUCUUCUUCAUCCAGUAUUUACAGAGGCUACAGGCGGCUCAGGGAGCGAGUAAUGGCGGAUUUCUCUGACAUAGGAGUACUUUCUCUGGGAAUUACACAUGCUAAAGAACUCAGUCUUUGCGGCAGGGAUGUAGAGGAUUUCAUUCCCUGCUACAAUGUGACCCAGAAUCUAAUUCUUGGAUAUAGCAAUGGGGAGGAGUAUGACCGACAUUGUUAUGGUGCCUCAAGGUCAAGCCAGUCUUGCUUGGUACGUCCUCCUAAGGAUUACAAGAUUCCCCUCAGAUGGCCUACUGGCAGGGAUGUUAUAUGGAGUGGGAAUGUCAAGAUUACCAAAGAGCAAUUACUUUCAUCAGGAAGCCUUACGAAAAGGUUAAUGUUGCUGGAGGAUAAUCAAAUCUCUUUUCGCUCUGAAGAUGCACUGGUUGUAGAUGGAGUUGAAGAUUAUUCCCAUCAAAUUGCAGAGAUGAUUGGGCUACGUAAUGAGUCCGAGUUUAUUCAAGCUGGUGUUCACACUGUACUGGACAUUGGUUGUGGUUUUGGAAGUUUUGGGGCUCAUCUUUUUUCUAAACAGUUAUUGACCAUUUGCAUAGCGUCUUAUGAGAUCUAUGGAAGUCAAGUUCAAUUAGCUCUUGAGAGAGGCCUUCCUGCAAUGCUUGGAUCUUUUGUCUCUAAACAACUUCCAUAUCCUUCAUUGUCCUUUGAUAUGAUUCACUGUGCAAGGUGUGGCAUUGAAUGGGAGCAGAAAGAUGGUGCUUUUCUAAUUGAAGCUGAUCGGGUUCUAAAGCCUGGGGGGUAUUUUGUUUGGACUUCACCACUCACAAACUUGCAUGGACCUAUGCUGAAAACUGAAAGUCAGAGAAAGUGGGAGUUCAUUCUGGGAUUCACUGAGAAGCUUUGCUGGAUUCUGUUGUCCCAGCAAGAGGAAACUGUUGUUUGGCAGAAGACGAGCAACAGAGACUGCUAUACAUCUCGCAAGCUUGGAGGAUUACCUCCAGUGUGCAGCAAAGGGCAAGAUGCAGAGUCUCCUUAUUAUCAGCCACUUCUCUCAUGCAUUGGGGGAACACUUAGUCGCAGAUGGGUGCCUAUUCAAAAUCAGUCCAGCUGGCCCAAUCGCAUGACACCUAGUUCAAAUUUAUUUGCAAUACAUGGAAUACAACCUGAAGAAUUUUAUCAAGAUUCCCAGACAUGGACAUCAGGAUUGAAAAACUAUUGGUCUCUACUCACCCCAUUGAUAUUUUCUGACCAUCCAAAGAGACCAGGGGAAGAGGAUCCCCUGCCCCCAUUUAAUAUGAUUCGGAAUGUGAUGGAUAUGAAUGCUCGGUAUGGAGGCUUGAAUGCGGCUUUGCUGAAUGCAGGAAAAUCUGUCUGGGUCAUGAAUGUUAUACCAACUAGCGGUUCAAAUACGCUUCCAGUUAUACUUGAUCGAGGCUUUGUUGGGGUCUUGCAUGAUUGGUGUGAAGCUUUUCCUACAUACCCUAGAACAUAUGAUAUGCUUCAUGCAGAAGGUUUACUGUCACAAGAACAGUAUCACCAGUAUAAAUGUGGAAUGUCGGAUUUGUUUGUAGAAAUGGAUCGGAUACUUAGGCCAGAGGGUUGGGUUGUGCUUCGUGAUGAAGUUCAAAAAAUUGAAGAAGCAAGAACUAUAGCUGCCCAAAUGCGGUGGGAUGCUCGGAUAGUAGAACUGGAGGAUGAUAAUGAACAGAGGUUACUUGUCUGCCAGAAACCAUUUGUGAGGAAAUAGCUCUGACAUGCAAGUUUGGCAUAUGUUUUCUAUCAAAGGGCACUGAUGUCUCCUCUGGUCAAUACUUGUUUAACCUUUUAGUAGUUCUUAGCGUGUUAUCAUUUGCAGCUCCAUUGUUUAGCUGAUUAAAAUUCAAAUUCUUUCAGAAAAGAACUGAAGAGGCAUAAAUAGCCCCAAUUCCAAUAAUAAAAUUCAAAUCUAAAAUUUGCGGGCUUUGUAGCUAUAUAAUAACAUCAAGUGAAGUGCAAAGGACUCUGAAAUUCAGAGGGCUUCAAUUCUAUCACGAUGAUUGUAAGAUUUUAGUAUUUUACGUCAUCUCUGCCUUAGUAAAAAAUCUAAGGCUGGUAUAAGAAGCUGCCAGUAUGCUUCUACAAUGUUUUACAUAAUUUUGUCAAGCAAUUGAUAUCCUCCAUAAUGUAAAGGCUUGCAAGUGAGUCGUGGUGCUGUGUGCGGGCACAUUUUAAUGUAUCAUCUGAACAGUUUGGGAGUUUAUACUUGUCUUGAUAGAUUAUAUGAUGGCAAAACUGAAAAAAUUUCUCUUUUGGAGGAGGAUCAGUUGAGGGAAGUCCUCUUUGGUCUUAAUGUUCUUCUCUAAGUGAAGUCAAAAUUGCUGCUGGGCUAUAUGUAAGUGAUCACAUUCCAAGCCUGAUAUUCAUUGAUAUGUAAGACCGAAUUUUUUUUCUGUGCUUCUCCUUCAAAAGGGAGGUGAGUUCUCACGUGAGACUUUGACCAUGAAAAAGCAAUCAUGUACUUUGUCUCUCUUUAAAUUUUGAUUCACAACUUUAUAGACUGGUGGUUUCCUGUUA